GGCGGCCGGCGGAAGACCAUUGCACCACGUGGCGUCUUCCCAAGUCCAAUUAAAAUUACAAAAUCCGAAAAAUCUCUCUCCAAGAAACCUAACAAAUUGGCAGGCGACGAAGGGAGAGAUGGAGGAGACCAACGGGACCGCGGUGGCGAAGGCAGUGGCGGAGAGGCUUCUGUUGGCGAAGAGGAACUCGGGGAAGAGUUUCUCGGAGAUAGCGGCGGAGACGGGCCUCACCAAUGUGUACGUUGCCCAACUGUUCCGUCGUCAGGCCCAACUCAAGCCUGGAACCAGCGACGCCCUCCGUGCCGCCGUCCCUGCGCUUUCGGAUGAGCUCAUCAGGGAGAUGAUGGAACCGCCCUUCCGGUCCUUUCGACCUGACCUUGUCCAGGAGCCCGCCAUCUAUCGAUUAAAUGAAGCAGUUAUGCAUUUUGGAGAAAGCAUCAAAGAGAUCAUUAAUGAAGAAUUUGGUGAUGGCAUUAUGUCGGCUAUAGAUUUCUAUUGUUCGGUUGACAAAGUAAAGGGUGUUGAUGGAAAAGAUCGAGUGGUUGUUACUUUUGAUGGCAAAUAUCUGCCUUAUACUGAGCAGAAGUCUGAGCAUAUGGUUUCCAAGUUGAAACACUGAAAAUUGAUCUCAGUCGACUCUACUGUACUGCCUUGUUCAGAAUACGUUGCAGAAAAUAUUAACGGCGUAUUUUCACUUUAGAGCAAUGCUUUAUGUAUUUCUAUUCUCAAUCGUAUGAUGUUGUAAUCAGUAAGGAAUAAGCAGACAUGAAACUGAGAUCACCUUUCCAUGUUUUAUAGAUGCAUAUUGCUUUAGGAGUGUUGGUGUUAAUCUAUAAUGGAGUGGGAAUUAAAAUUUCAGAUAGUUCGGAAUUCUAA